GGCAGCAGCAUCGGUGGCGCCGGCGCAUCUUCCUCUUCUUCUUCCCCCCCUCCCCCCUCCCGGCCAUCGAGUCCAUUUUCACUUCGGCGCGAGGAGGAAGCUGCGAGGAUGGCCGUUUCGAACGUUCGGGCGUUUCAAUUCCACGGCGGCGGCGGCCGUUACCGCUCCAACGGCCAGAUCCCAACGGCCGACGGCGAAUAAUUCAAACAAUAAUAAUGAAAUAACUUCUCUAUUUUUUUAUUUGCGUAUUUAAAACAAAUCUCUCUAUAUAUUACCUCAGGAAAAGCGACGUCCCGUGGUAAGAGGAAUAUAUAAAGAUAUAGAUAUAUAAAAGAAAUAUUUUUUUACCUCAGUGAAGGAUAAAGGAGGGCGACGCCGCUUAAAAUGAUGCUCAACUCGAUGCUGUUCGGCGAGAUGGCGGCGCGGGCUUUUCCGGCGUCGGCGGGGUCGGCCUCCUCGUCGGUGGUCGGGGGCGAGAUGGACGACGGCGUCGGCGGGGCCCCACCGGUGACGGCGGCGCUGCGGAACGACCUGGGCUCCAACAUCCACCUCCUGAAGGGGCUCAACGUGCGCUUCCGUUGCUUCCUGGCCAAGGUACACGAGCUGGAGCGGCGGAACCGGCUGCUGGAGAAGCAGCUGCAGGCGCAGCAGCUGAGCGAGCGCGAGCGGCGCCUCCACUACAAGCGCUUCCCGAGGCACCAGGCCGUGCAGACGGACCCCGUGCCGCCCUCCAUGCCCCCCUACGUGCCGUCCGCGGCGGCGGCGGCGGCGGCCGGGCCUCCUCCUCCUCACCCGCCUCCUCCGUCGUCGCCUUCUUUCUCCUCGUUCCCGCCGGCCUCGGCUCCCGCCUCGCAGCUGCCUCACUCGCACUCGCACCCGCCGUCGCACCACUCCUCCUCCUCCUCCUCCUCGCAGCAGCACUACAGCCGCCUGCCCGGCACCAUCUGGAGCUACACGCAGGUGAGGCGGACGGGCGGCGGCGGCCUGGAGACCCUGCAAGGACCCGGCGUCUCCUGGGUGCACCCGGACGGCGUCGGCGUCCAGAUCGACACCAUCACGCCCGAGAUCCGCGCCCUCUACAAUGUCCUGGCCAAAGUCAAGCGGGAGAGGGACGACUACAAGAGGAGAUGGGAGGAGGAACUGGCAAAGCGAAUGAAUCUGGAAUCAAUGGUAGAGACUCUCCAAGAGGAGGCACAAGAAGCUGAAGCCCUCCAAGAAGAGUUAAAUGAGAAGAUUGGGAGACUGAAAGCUGAACUUGUUGUCUUCAAGGGUCUGAUGAGUGAUCCUAUGACAGACCUGGACACAAAGAUCCAAGAAAAAGCCAUGAAGGUGGACAUGGACAUCUGCCGACGAAUCGAUAUCACAGCCAAACUGUGUGAUGUAGCGCAGCAGCGCAACUCUGAAGACGUUUCCAAGAUAUUCCAGGUGGCUUCCAAGAAGAAAGAGCGGAAACUCGUGUUGGAUGAUGAUCUCUCUGAGCAGGAUCCAGACAAUGCCCGAUUUUCGGACGAUGAAGUCAGUUCUCUGAACAUCACGGAUGAAAUGAAGAGGAUGUUUAAUCAGCUGCGUGAAACCUUUGAUUUUGAUGAUGACUGUGACAGCUUGACGUGGGAGGAGAAUGAGGAUACUUUGCUCCUCUGGGAAGACUUCACCAACUGUAAUCCAUCGAUCGAGCUCCAGGGAGAGCAAGAGGAGAACUUGGGCAACUUGAUCCAUGAAACAGAAUCUUUCUUCAAAACGAGGGACAAAGAAUACCAAGAAACGAUAGGACAGAUUGAGCUUGAGCUUGCCACGGCCAAGAGUGACAUGAAUCGCCACCUCCACGAGUACAUGGAAAUGUGCAGCAUGAAACGGGGCCUGGAUGUGCAAAUGGAGACUUGCCGGCGGCUCAUUAAAGGCUCUGCUGAAAGCAGAAAUUCCCCGUCUCCCAGUUCGGUAGCCAGCAGCGACUCAGGAAACACGGAUGAAAUUCAGGAUGAGUUUGACAGAGAAGCAGACGUUGAGCCCAUGGUCAGCUGAUAAAUAACCAGAACAUUCUGGCGCAAGGAGAGAAGAAAAAGAAAACCCAGAAAAAGAAGAGAUUUCACAAAUGCAGAGAGAUCAGAGACUUCAAAGCCCCUAGCCUUGGGGGUGCCAAGGACUUGAUCUAGUAUUUUUUCCCACCCCAUCCAAGGAUUUGGUGCUGUAAAAAAACGUUUAUACUGUUCUACAAAUGACAGAUGUGGAGUUCUGUAAGGAAAAGUAUAUGUAUAUGGUAUUUUAAUUGUGCCUUUGCCCCAAGCUGAGCCACUUUGAGCUCCACUGGAAUAUCAUAGUGCUUUUUAUAUAAAAAUGAUGAUUCUAAAUAAGCUUCUGGUAGCAGAAGAAUGAAUUGCUGUGGAAGUUUAGCACUGGACGGAAGUGCUGGGCAAAUUGGCAGAGCAGGCCCCGUGGCAACUAAGUAGCAAAUAUCACACCAUUGAGCAGCAAUGAGGACAAGUGUCUUGCGUGAACAGGAUUGAAAGUGUCCUCCCCUCCCAAUCUUAGCCCUUUAAUGGCACCUGCUCUUGGCUCAUGCAGUUAGAAGGGAUGUGAAUUGUGGCUUGAGAGAAUCCUUUCAGAGACCUGCACAAUACCUUUUCUGCUGAGGUCCAGAACUCUUAUUAGAAGCUUGGUGGCAAGGCAAGAAUAGCAAAAGUCUGGUGGGGUGGGAAUAACACAGUUUUUUAAUUACUAUGCAAAAACAAGCAAGCAAAGCGUUCGCCUUAUUUGUAUGGAAUGUUAGGUCACUGCUGGGCUUCUCUUAUCUCCUGUUGGGAAGAAAGCUGAGCAUUCACUUUGCACACCUUUACUUGUUUGUGGAGCUUGUUUUGGCCAAGAGUGCUUCCUACUGCUCCAUCUGCUCCCAGUGAUCCUUUGGUUCCAAACUUUCUCCCUUCCCUCCCUCUUUUCUUCACCCUCCCCCUUCAUUUGUACUUUAGCCAUCAAAUGAUUUCCUCUCAAAAAGUUACUGUUGAGGAAGGGCUGCAUUUUUGUGCUGCUAUCUGAAGCUUGGAGCGUGAUAGCUUUCCACACCAUCCUCAGAAACAGUGUUAACUAAAUUAUAGGGUGAGUGGCAUUACCUUUCCCAAGACCCCUCAGCAAGGGACACAACUUUAGAUGUCUUGAAGCAUGUCAGGUCCCACACCUGCAUUUCAGGUACACUGAAAAUAAGUAUUACAAGAUGUGGAUU